CUGCAACCUUAUCCUAAACUAGAUAAGAAACAAGUGGACUUAAAUUCUUUAUAUCCUAACUGAUAUUUUACUUCAAUGGAAGGGUAGGCAAAGACUCUUCUAUGCAAGCCUACAAAACUUCAUACAACUUUGGGGCCUAAAGAAAACUUCAUACAACUCCGAUGGCCAUACCUUUGUACCCAGAGAUACUUGUAGCAAUAUCUCUAUGCUUCCUUUUUCUUUGUCAUUUGAGAUGGAACAAAAGCCGAACCAUUACAAAUUGGCCUGUUGUCGGAAUGCUCCCAGGCCUUCUUCAAAAUGCAUCCAAUGUGCACGAGUAUGUUACCUGGCUCCUAAAACAAAAUGGGGGCACUUUCAAGUUUAAGGGUCCUUGGUUCACUAACAUGACCUUCAUGGUCACGAGUGAUCCCAUGAAUAUCAACCACAUGUUGAGCAAAAACUUUUCUAACUACACAAAAGGGCAGAAGUUCCAGGAAAUUUUUGAUGUUCUGGGAGAUGGGAUUUUCAAUUCUGAUUCUGACUCGUGGACAUAUCAAAGGAAGCUACUUCACACGAUGUUAAAGGACAACAAGUUUAAGUUGUUCUUUGAACAAUUUGUCAAGGGAAAAGUGGAAAAGAGCCUCGUUCCAGUUCUUGAUCAUAUCUCAAGUUUUGGAAUUGAGGUGGAUUUACAAGACAUUUUUCAACGGUUCACAUUCGACAGUGCUUGCUUAGUGGUUUUGGGUUUUGAUCCAAACUGCCUCUCCAUUGAAUUCCCAGAUGUUUCCUAUGCAAAAUCGUUUGAUCAAUUAGAGGAAUGUUUGUUAUACCGACACAUUGUGCCAGAAAGAUGGUGGAAGUUACAAAGAAGGCUUCAAAUUGGAUCGGAGAAGAAGCUAUCACAUGCUUGGAAAGUUUUUGAUGAAUUUGUAUACGAAUGCAUCUCAACCAAGCGAGAGGAAGUGACCCUAAAGAAGGAGGAACUAAAAUUCAACUUGUUGACAGCUAUAGUUAUGGAGGAACAAGAAGGAGAAAUGAGUACUACUAUUACAAAAUCCGACAAGUUUCUAAGGGACACUGCAACUAAUCUCUUGGCAGCAGGGAGAGACUCCAUAAGUGCCGGACUCACGUGGCUUUUUUGGCUUCUUGCAACACACCCAUCAGUGGAAGCCAAGAUUUUAGAAGAAAUCAAGGAGCAUUUGUUGGACAACGGAAAGUCAAAGGAUUUGAACAUAGAUAAGCUAAGUAAGCUAGUUUAUCUUCAUGGAGCGGUAUGCGAAUCCUUACGCCUUUUUCCACCUAUACCUUUCGAGCACAAAUGUUCAGUUCAACCUGAUAUUCUUCCUAGUGGUCACUCCAUGAGGCCAAAUACAACAAUUUUAUACUCUUUAUACUCAAUGGGAAGGAUGGAAAGCAUAUGGGGUGAAGAUUGCUUGGACUUCAAGCCAGAGAGAUGGAUUACUGAGUUCGGCGGAAUAGUGCAUGUACCAUCUUUCAAGUUCAUAGCAUUUAAUGCGGGAGCGAGGACUUGUUUAGGUAAGGAUAUAGCUUUCAUUCAAAUGAAAAUAAUUGCAACUGCCAUCAUUUGGAAAUACCAUGUUCGUGUGGUUGAAGAUCAUCCUGUUUCACCAAGUAUUUCCGUUGUUCUUCAUAUGAAACAUGGUUUGAAGGUGAGGAUUAGCAAGAGAUAUGCUUGACAAAGAAAUUUUAGUACUAGCUAAAGUUGCAUUUAGGGAAAUAAUCACUCAUGACCCUUCAAACCAACUUCGGCUAUAUAUGUAUUUCCUUAUUUAGUUUUGUGUUUCAUUGUAAUUUUUAUAAGUCAAGGUGAUGUAUUAGUCCUAUAUAA